AUGAAAAUUCUGUUCAAUGAAGUGAUCGGGACUCUGGCGACAGAUCCUCAGCACGUGGCCUUUUCUGGGCUGAAAUUGGCGUACGUGGCAAGUGGUGGAGUCAUUGUCUGUGAAGUGGAUGCAAAAUCACGUACUUUGAGUAAACAACGGUUAUUUGUGGCGAAUUCUGGCGUUUCUGAAGCUCAAAAUGAUGAUUACGUUAGUAGAGCUUUCCUGGGUUCAGAUCGUGGCGAUGGACACGACAAAAGAGACAAUUUCGAUAUACCUCUAGAAAGCACAUAUACUUAUGGGAAGGAACGUAUUGAGGCAGAUAGGAAGAAGGCUGGAGGGGAAAAGGGCGAUUCGUCACCUUCAAAGCUUAAGGAUCGCGUGAGGGCUAUUUCUUGUGUGGCUCUUUCGCCAAAUGGAAGAGUAUUGGCAGUUGGUGAGUCUGGCUACCAGCCUCGUAUUCUACUAUACUCAUUGGCUAGUAAUGCUUCUGGGCUGCCGUUUGCUGUGAUUCACGAACACACAUUUGGCGUGAAACAUAUUGCUUUUCUGCCUGAUUCAAGACACUUUGCAUCGCUAGGCCAGCUUUCAGAUGGGUUUCUACAUAUAUGGAAGUAUUCGGCUACUUCAGUUGCACUUAAAGCUGGAAAUAAGUGUUCUUCCAUUGUGAAUCUGAUCUUUUGGCACCUGUCGUCAUCGAUAGUUACUGCUGGGUUACGGUUCUUGAAGGUAUGGAGCUUUGAAGCGCAAGAGCUGAACAGAACUGUGGUACUUAAAGGACGUAAUGUUGUUCUACGAGAGAAUCUCGAAGUUGACUUCACGGAAGCGGUUUCUUUGUCUAGUGACGAAGUACUCCUUUCUGGUUGUCACCAAGCACUCUACGUGCUUUCACUUUCUGGUCUCAGUCUUGUCCCAGUCGAAGUACCUGACUCUCCACCAGCCAUUUACGGUUUGGAAUCAGAUGCUACUACAGAGAAGAUUUGUUACUUUGACGGCCACGAACCGAAACUUGUGGGAUUUGAUCAGCUCAAACGUACAGCCAAUAAGCUGGCUCCCUCUUCACCUUCAAAGAUAGCUCUGAUGUUUUCAUCUUUAUCUUUAAAGUCUUCACCUCCAGAUCAUCCCGUGGUGAAGUCCCAUUUAUCAUUUAAGGAUGGGGAGUCAUUCAUUCUGUACCUCACAAACAAGAAAGAGAUUUGUGUUUACGAUACUGAUUCUGGAUCCCACGCUACCCUUGUCGCUGCACCAGUUACUCGUGCUGGUGGUAUGAAGCAGGCUUCAAACGGCGACUUGUUGGUAUACUCUAAGUGUGGAAAUCUCAGAGCAGUGGAGGACGGCAGUAUCAGACAAUUAGCUUCUGUUAGGCUACCACAAACUGACCAACUAGAGAACGAACUCAAUACUGUUGAUUAUGAUGGCACUUACGCUUACUUUGGUGACAGAUAUGGGCAGUUAUCUGUUGUGGAUUGUGAGAGUGGUGAUGAGGUCUUACAACUCAAAGCACAUUCUUCAUCGAUUAAUGAUCUUAUCCGCUUCCAUGUGGAUUCCUUGGAGCUUCUCUGUACUACCUCAAGAGACAGGACAGUGCAGCUCUUUUAUAAGACAGAGGAUAAGUGGGAGCUUCUACAGACAAUCGCUAACCACACAGGGAAUCUCUUAUUUGCCAAGGUUUAUGAAGAGAGUCUUUAUGUUUGUUCAGCUGAUCGCUCCAUCUCUAUUUACGGAUUCAGAGAAUCCAGAGAUAACGAAACACCUCUUGAAGUGAUCCAGAAACGAGUCCUCACUUUAAAGCACUCUCCUACAGCAAUGGCGAUUCUCGACAAGGAACUUCACGUUGCAACGAACGAUAAAUCAGUACAUGUGUAUGAUGCCAGUACUGCUGACUUCAAGUACACUGUAAAGGUUACUAACGAAAACGGCGACUCUCUCUGCGUUGAGAAUUUUGCUUCCUUUGAUAGGGCCAUUGCAGUAUCUUCAAACGACAGGUCUAUCCGUUUGUUUACCCCGAACUAUGCCAAACAACUAGCUGUUUCUUGGGGCCAUUCAGAUACAAUACUUAACAUGGUGGGAAAGGGUCUGUCGUUGUAUUCCAUUGGCUUAGAUGGAUCCCUUUUCAUCUGGAACAUCACAGAUGGUGCUGAAUCAAACCAUUCAAGUUUCAAAGAAGAGGACUCGGAUCUGAGUAUACCUGAACCAGACAACCUGCCUCUUUUCGCUAAAGUCACCCGAAAGAUUCUUCCUGUGGCAUCUGCGAGUUCCAAACCGCUAGCGAGUCAAAGUACGCCAAAGAUUGAUAGAGAAAGUUCACCUCCAAAGCGUGCACUGGUUAUCCUUGAUCCCAGUUCGCCUUCGCCAGCUCCGACUGCUACUCCAAGACUCACCAACGCAACUCUUAAGCGUAUGGAAGCCAGAAAACAAAGUUCACCGCUGCCAAGUAGAAGUUCUCCUCCAAAGAAUAUUUCUCCAUCACGAACCCAGUCUCCAUCCAGAACUACAAGCAGACUGAGCGGUCCUUUCCGUUCACUGACUCUGCCUACAAAACAACCUUCAUUUGAUUCAAUCACCAACCCACAACCUAGAUUGGCGCCACAGAGCGGUUCUGAUUCGAUGGAUAGAGCAACUGCUUAUAUAUCUAUUAUCAAGUCACACGCCCAGAAAGGUCUUUUUACUACGGACGAGAAAACCAGGUUGGUGGGUCAGUUAAAUGACUUGGUUAAUGUCUUGGGUGGAUCUUCCAGCUCUACAAGCCAAGAGGCGCUACUUGAGAAGUUCAGCGAACAACUCGUUGAGAUCGUACAGAAAAAGCUUGAUAAGUAA